GAUUAUAGUAUAGUUCAGGCCCAAUAUAUUCGAUCUAGGGGAAGGCCCGAUAGAUAAAUGAAUAAAUAAGACUGAUCUCAAAGUUUCCAUUAUCAUCAUCACCAUCAGCUUUGUUCCCGCACAGAAAAGGAGAGAUCUUUGAGAUCCGAUCGUCGUCGUUGGGGGAAUAUGUCAAGCUUCAGCGGAGAUGAAACGGCGCCGUUCUUCGGCUUCCUCGGCGCAGCCGCCGCCUUAGUCUUCUCAUGUAUGGGAGCCGCUUAUGGGACCGCGAAGAGUGGAGUUGGGGUGGCGUCGAUGGGGGUGAUGAGGCCGGAGCUGGUGAUGAAGUCCAUUGUGCCGGUGGUUAUGGCUGGUGUGUUGGGUAUUUACGGAUUGAUCAUCGCUGUGAUCAUCAGCACGGGGAUCAACCCUAAGACCAAAUCGUACUAUCUGUUCGAUGGGUACGCUCACCUUUCUUCUGGUCUUGCUUGUGGCCUUGCUGGUCUUUCUGCUGGAAUGGCAAUUGGCAUCGUUGGUGAUGCCGGUGUCAGAGCUAAUGCACAACAGCCGAAGCUCUUUGUUGGGAUGAUUCUCAUUCUCAUUUUUGCCGAAGCUUUGGCUCUUUACGGACUCAUUGUUGGAAUCAUCCUCUCUUCUCGUGCCGGUCAGUCUAGAGCAGACUAGAGGAAGGAAGAACAUGCCUGAACGCUUCCGAAACCUUCUUUUCAAAAUUACAAUUUUUUUUAAAUAUUUUGUUGCUCCAAAUCCUUCCAUGUGUGUUUGAAUGAUUGGCUAGAACAAUGAAUGGUUGCAUAUGUUGUGAUUUCCAAUAGUAGAUUAGCUCUCUUCUUACAAUAAACUCUGUGGUUUUACUGUUGUAAUUUUUGCAGACCAGAAUGGACUAUAUUGUUUUUAUUGUAACUUUUGUUGUGGUCAAGGCUUUUGCUGUACGAGAAAGCAUCUGGUGAUUUUCAAGAUUAUAUACAGACUAUAUUUCUGUUCUUAAUUAGUUUUUCCCCACUAUGUUUUGAUUGAUUAAAACAACCUUCCUAUUAAAAAAUGGAAUGUAUG